UCCUUGUUGAAUCUCAUGAGAUUUCUUUUGGCCCAACCCUCCAAUGUGUCUAGGUCACUGAAUCUUAGGCCAACCGUCCAGCUUAUCUACUGUUCCCCAGCUUGGUGUCAUCUGCAAACUUGCUGAGGGUGCACUCAGGUCAUUAAUGAAGACAUUGAACAAAACUGGCCUUAGAACCAGCCCCUGGGGCACUCUGCUUGAUACCAGCAGCCAACUAGACAUCGAGCCAUUGAUUACUACUCUCUGAUCCCAAUGUUCCAGCCAGUUUUCUAUGCACCUUACAGUCCAUUCAUCCAGCCCGUACUUCCUAACUUGCUUAUUACUUCCUAACUGAAUAUUGUGAGAGACUAUCAAAUGCAUUGCUAAAAUCAAGAUACAUCAGAUCCACAGAGCCAGGCACCCCGUCAGUUACCUCGCUGCUUGAGCCACAAGGCUAAAGUGAGCCCAGCUGUGUCCACAAAGGCAAGAAACCUGCACUUGAAUCCCAGGGCAGUCUUGCUUCAAGGUAGCAGCCCCAGAAACUUGCUUCAGCUGCUGCUGCACCUGGACAUCAAGGGAGAAAUGACAAACUAAAGGCAAAGAAUGACUUAGCCGUGUGGGCCAGGACUCCAUUGUGGCAGCUGUGGUACCACCAUAAACUAAGACAACUCUACUAAUACCACCAGCUAGAGCUAGAGGAUUUCUAUCUGCAAGUUAUACCCUUCCUCUGCCUUACCACCUUUCUGAAUCUGUGUCCAGCUGUCUUGCCUUCAGUGAUGCUGGACCAGAGGGAUGGGACUGACCCGGAACUUGAAGGAGCUGUGUAUGUUACAGAAAGAAGAGGAGGAGCAUGGAAAAACCAAAAUCCUGCUCAUCAAGGAAUCUGAGAAGCUGCAGUUUGCACUGGGGGAGAUUGAGGUUCUGUCCAAGCAGCUCGAGAGAGAACGGCGAGUCUUUGAAAAAACACUCGCCAGUGUUAAGAGUAAAGCACUAAAGGAAUCGACUAAAAAAGACAAGCUAAUAAGCAAAUGCAAUGAAAUUGAGAGCCACAUCCUGAAGCAGGAGGAUAUCCUGAAUGGCAAAGAGAAUGAGAUCAAGGCACUGCAGCACUUCAUCACCAGGCAAAAGCAGGUGCUCAAGAGUCAAGUGUCGGACUUAAACAUACAGAAACAACAGGAAUGUUACAUAGUCCGGGUGCUUGACAAGAAACAGAAGAAGGGGUUAAAGUGACCGCCCUAGACUUUGUUACAAUCCAGACAGAGGAUCAGGCCAUUGAAGACUGGUUUAAUGAAGCAGCCUUUCAUCUUAAGAGUGUUCGUUUGGAACCUGGUACAAGGGAAGUCAGUGAGACAGCCUUAGCCUGGUCCAUGGCACAGUUGGUCAUCUUGCAGGGUAGUACAAAGCUGGUCUUCUCUGCUCAUGUCACACCUUUGACUGCAGACCUGUUGGAGGCUAGUACUGGUGCAGCUGGUAAGCUGGUGGGUUUCUGUGCAAGUGCCCAAGUGCUUGACUUCUGUGGUCCUUCCCAGCUGUUAUUGUUAGCAUCUUGCACGGUUUCCCCUCAUGACCAUAAAUAUUGCAUUAAUGACAAUUGUUCAAAGGCUUUUAAAAACCGUCAGAACCAUUGGGGACAGUGGUGUAUAGAUACACUGUAACUUCAAAUAAACUAUCUUUUAUAGAACAAAGAUUGGUUUUUCACUUUG